AUGCUAGACCCACCAUAUCCAAGAAAUUCGAGCGAAUUUGAGAGCCAAUAUAGGUCCUUGCAAUAAAAAACUUGCAAUCACAGAAAUAAAAUUAAAAUUGAUUGCAGCUGCAACUAACGUUAAUCAGCAGCUGAUUAUAAUUUUUCUGAUCGUUUACUGAUGAACAGCAACCAACAGACACCCUACCGUGCUGGGGGUGGAGGCUAGUAUGAAGAGGGUGAGGUCUCCUCAGUGGGAUACGAAUUCGACAUUGCUCUCGAUGAUGGAGGCGAGAGCCAGUACCCCCAGGUAAGUCAAUACUGCGGAUUUAAUAACUAGGCAAAUGGUGAUGGACUUCAGAGAUAACCUACCCCGAGAGUGAGUGGUUUCGACUUGCCCUAGGUGGAUGGAGCCAGGUAGGCCAUGAAUGCCCAGAUGCAGGAUGAGUUCGAGCAAAUCAACAACCAGCUGCAGCAGCAGACCCACCAGCAGCAGCCAUUAGCUGCUCAACAUCGAGCAAUUGAAGAGAGAAAAACUCCAGAGGCCAACCACAUUGGCAAUGAAGACUCAGACUACGAGUAUGGUCCUGGCACUCGCGACAAGGACUAGAUGGAGCAGGUGUCGAUACCUUCUCACUUGAUGAACAACCAGGGCUCCAACUAGCAGUCGAACGACAAGUUUAUGCAGCAGCAUAUGUACGGCCAGGACCAGAUGGACCCAAAUCGCAAGAGAGCUAGGGAGUCCAUUGAAACUUAUGCAGACUCCCAGUACCAGUCUUACGAAGAGUACAAGAGACCUCCUAGUAGACACAAUCAGCAGAGAGCUUAGGAGGAGGUGGAGAAGGACUCGAACAUCCUGGAGUCGAAGAAGAACUCAGAUGGGUCGGUGAUCAACACCGUGAGAACCAGUGCCUUGGCCUCCAUCAUGAAAUCCAAGAAAGAGAUCUACUCGAUUCUCGUGAACCAAGGUAGGUCUAGUUCAUCAACUAACUCGAUAUAGGUGUUCCUCACCCAUGAGGUUUGCAUGGUCAAUGUACCUAAGAUGUCUGAACUUUCAGCAAAGGCCAUUACCUCAGAUGCGUACAGCGACAGAGGGAUAGAGCUAUACCUGCCAGAUCGCAAAGAUGGUAGGCCUCUCAAUAGACAAUUCUUCUUCAAUGUCAUCAACACUGUGAAACCCAAGUUCUUCGAACACAACAUCAAGAUGGGUCUGAAGUUGAGACAGGAUGAGGCAGCUAGGAAGAACAAGAGAUUCAUUGAAAUCAAGGCCGACAUGUACCAGCUCAUCAAAGGAGCCAUCAACCUCAAUCCUAACUCGAGAGGCAGAGCCUUGGGCCUGCUCAAUGUGGGAAGCAAGAAGAGAAGUUUGCCUGACAGAGACAAUGUGAUUGGCCACAGAGACAAAGGUCUCUCUCACUUCACCUAUGCUGAUGUGACAGGUUUCAAUCCUACACCCACCACCACCAAGAGGUUCAAAGGCAACGACUACCCUAGAGCUGACGAGCAGUACAUCUCUCUUAGAUCCAAAGAGACCAGAUACUCAGGCUCUGCCUAGACCUAGGGCAGUGCACUUCAGCCUCAGUACCUCACUGCAAGAAGACAAGAUGACAAGAACGAAUGA